UCUUCACAACCAACUAUUUCCUCUAAACUACCAACUACCACCCCUGCUCAAGCCCCACCUUGGGCAGGUAAUUGCUUCGCUCCAGCUCCUAGGAAACCCAGAAAGGAUUCCCAAAUCGCCAACAAUACCCUGCGGCCCAACGUUAGCUCAGCCAAUCGGAUAUUGGCAUGGACGUCACCUUGGUCUGUCGAGAUGAAACUCAGAAACCUAGAGUCAAUCCCUUUACAUAUUCUUCAGCAAGCCGAACAAAUUACAGCUUCGGGGCUCACUGAGCAGACGAAAUCAAACUAUGCAGCGGGGCUUCUACGUUGGCAUCAAUUUUGUGACAGAGAAUCAAUACCCGAGACAAUGCGCAUGCCCGCUUCUGAAGUCCUAAUAGCAGGUUUUGUUGGCGCACAUGCAGGAACGGUUUCAGGUAGUACAAUCCGAUCAUGGCUCUCUGGUAUACGGGCUUGGCACAUCCUCAACAGAGCUCCAUGGCCUUCAAACUCGGAAUUCAUUACACUUGCUCGACGGGCGGCGAACAUCAAAGGAAGCCAACAUAAGCGUCCACUUCGCAAUCCAAUCACUCUACAGCAUCUGCUCGUUCUCCAUUCUGCUCUCGAUUUCAGUGUUCCGUUUCACUGUGCUAUCUGGGCGGUUGCCCUCAUCUGUUUCUGGGGAUGUCGCCGUCUUGGCGAACUGACUAUACCGUCCAAAUCCGCCUUUGACCCCAAGUUCCAUGUCAUCCGCUCAGGCAUUCUGUCUGAUUUUCUUCUGCAAUCUUCGCGAACUCGCAUCAAAUUUCAUAUUCCAUGGACCAAAUCAACAAAGGAACUCGGUGCCGAUGUCGUCGCUUCUAGACAACCAACCAGCUUAUGCCCAUGCAAAGCUUUUGAACAACAUUGGCAGAUGAACGCCGCCGUUCCUGAAGGCUCCUCACUAUUCAGUUUUAUUGACAAAUCGGGCUGCUCCCAACAUAUGACAAAAUCCAUUUUUCUCAAAUUCGUUUCCGAUAUCUGGACACGCGCUUCAAUGCAACACGUACUUGGUCACAGUUUCCGUAUUGGCGGGGCUGUCGAACUUCUUCUUGCCGGUGUUGCACCUCAUGUUGUUGCAGCAAUUGGAGGUUGGACCUCCCUCGCAUUUCUCAUAUACUGGCGUCGUCUGGAGGACAUUAUCAUCUCCCAGGUCGCAGAUGCUUAU